GGGAAAAGAGUGAUGGAAGUAAUCUUGGAAAAAUUAAGGUUACAGGAAGGGUGGCGCUUUAUUUGUUUGGUGGCGGAUAUUAUAGGGGAUCUUCUAAAGUAUUUCGCGGUCACACUAGCUCGUUCGCUGAAAAGGCUGAAUGUCAGGUUUUUUCAAUUGAUUAUCGUCUUUGUCCAGAACAUCAAUUUCCUGCGCCACUCUGCGACGCUCUAGCAGCGUAUUUUUAUCUUAUUAACCCCGGCCCGGAAGCUGGUUUCGAACCAAUUGAUCCAAAGCGAAUUGUGUUUGUCGGAGUUAGUGCGGGAGGCGGACUGGCUGUUAGUACCGCAAUGUUCCUUCGUGAUGUUGGUUUACCAUUGCCAUCAGGACUAGUUUUAUUU